AUGACCGGCUCCGGGGCCCCGGGGCGCCCAGGCCCGGGCCUGGCCUCCUGCUCGGCCAGACACGGCCUCCUCCUCCUGGUCCUGGUGCUGCUGCCCGGGGCCCCGGCCAACAAGCUGAAGGUCCCGCAGGUGCUGCUGCCCUUCAGCCGCGAGGCCGGCCGCGUGCCCUUCCUGCUGGAGGCCCAGCGCGGCUGCUACACGUGGCAUUCCACCCAUCCUGAUGUAGUAACUGUUGAGCCUUUCUAUGAAAACGACAUCUUAUGUUCCCAAAAAGCUGUAAUUUUUGCCGAAUCUACCCAACCUAUACGCCUCAGCAGUAUUAUUCUUGCUCGAGAGAUAGUGACUGACCACGAGCUGCGCUGUGAUGUGAAGGUUGAUGUGAUAGACAGCAUUGAGAUUAUAUCUCGAACUCGGGAACUUUAUGUAGAUGAUUCACCCCUGGAACUGAUGGUGAGGGCCUUGGAUGCUGAAGGAAAUACUUUUAGUAGUUUGGCAGGGAUGAUGUUUGAGUGGAGCAUUGCCAAGGACAACGAAUCAUCAAGAGGAGAACUGUCUCACAAAAUUAGGAUUCUAAAAUAUUCUGAAGCAGAAUAUUCUCCCCCAGCAUAUAUAACUGAGAUGGAAAAAGAAGGAAAACAAGGAGAUAUAAUUUUGGUGUCUGGGAUUAGAACUGGUGCAGCUAUUGUAAAAGUUCAAAUUUUGGAACCAUUUUAUAAGAAAGUGGCGGCAGCAGUGAUACGUCUGCUGGUUUUGGAAAAUGUAUUUCUUGUGCCAUCCCAUGAUAUUUAUCUCUUAGUGGGAACAGGUAUUAGAUACCGAGUUGCAAAAAUGGUUCAGGGGAGAGUGACAGAGAUGAGAUUUCCCCUGGAACAUUAUACGCUGGAAUUACAAAACCAUAAAGUUGCGCAUAAUGCGUCUUCUGGGAAAGUGGCUGUGCUGGAUGAGAAAACAGCUAUUGUGACCGCCAUCCAGCUGGGCCACGCUAAUCUCAUUUUUGUACAUAAAAAUGUCCAUAUGCGCUCUGUGUCUGGACUUCCAAAUUCCACCAUAUAUGUUGUGCAACCUGGAUUUUUAGGUUUCACAGUCCAGCCUGGAGGCCGAUGGAGUCUAGAGGUGGGACAGGUGUAUGUCAUCACGGUAGAAGUGUUUGAUAAAAGCAGCACAAAGGUCUAUAUUUCAGAUAAUAUCAGGAUUACAUGCCAGUUCCCGAGGGAGUACUUUGAAGAGCAGCUAACGACUGUGAACGGAUCUUAUCACGUGGUGAAAACUCUGAGAGAUGGUGUCGUGGUGAUAAAUGCAUCCCUGACUAACAUCAUCUCCAAGAAUAAAAAUAUUCAGCCUAUAAAAUUUCCAGUUGUACAUCAGCAAGAAGUGAAGAUUUAUUUACCCAUCAAGCUUACCCCCAACUACUUGGCAUUUCCUCAUCAUCCUAUGGGAAUGCUUUAUUAUUAUAAAGUACAGGUAGAGGGUGGCAGUGGCAACUUUACCUGGGCCUCUUCUAACGAAACAGUGGCCAUGGUGACCACAAAAGGACUGGUGACUGCUGGUCAGGUCAGAGGCAACAGCACUGUUGUGGCCCGAGAUGUACAAAAUCCUUUUCGAUACGGAGAAAUGAAGAUAUAUGUCCUGAAACUGAACAAAAUUGAACUGUUACCAUAUCAUGCUGAUGUGGAGAUUGGCCAGCUUAUAGAAAUCCCCAUUGCUAUGUAUCACAUAAAUAAGGAGACCAGUGAGGCCAUCCCAUUCUCAGACUGCUCUCUUUUAUCCUUGGAUCUACACAUGGAUAAGCAAGGAGUCUUUACUCUUUUCAAAGAAGGUAUUCAAAGACCUGGACCUAAGCACUGUUCCAGUACAUACAUAACAGCCAAAGCUCCGGGUCAUACUCUGCUAACAGUGAGUGUCACUGAGUACGGAGAGUACAUGGAAAGCAGUGCCACAUUUGCUGCUUAUGAGCCUCUAAGGGCUGUAAACCCUGUGGAAGUGGCACUGGUGACGUGGAAUUCUGUGAAAGAAAUGGUAUUUGAAGACGGCCCUCGUCCAUGGAUCUUGGAACCCUCCCAGUUCUUUUUGGAGCUGACCACGGAGAAGAUAGAGAAAAUUAAAAUAACGCAAGUCCGGCUGCCAGCUAAGAGAAAACAGAACCAGUAUAUCUACCGGGUCCUGUGCCUGGACUUGGGAGAACAAGUUCUAACAUUUCGAAUUGGAAAUCACCCCGCUACCCAGAACCCCAGUCCAGCUGUAGAGGCUGUGCAGGUACACUUCCUAUGUGCCCACCCUGCCAGCAUGUCAGUAACCCCAGUGUACACGGUGCCACCCGGUGCCCAGCCAUGUCCUCUGCCGCAGCACAACAAACAACUGAUUCCUGUAUCAAGCCUAAGGGACACAGUUCUGGAACUGUCAGUAUUUGAUCAGCACAAAAGAAAGUUUGAUAAUUUCAGUUCACUAAUGCUAGAAUGGAAAUCCUCAAAUGAAACACUAGCUCAUUUCGAAAAUUAUAAUUCAGUAGAGAUGGUAGAAAAGGACGAUGGCAGUGGGCAGACCCGAUUACAUGGUCAUCAGGUCCUUAAAGUACAUCAGAUAAAAGGAACUGUACUCAUUGGAGUCAAGUUUGUAGGCUAUUCAGAGAAAAGUUCAAAGGUACUUUCCAGCUUGCCCUUAUCUGCAGCCGUGGAGCUGCUCCUAGUGAAUGAUGUAACUGUGCUGCCUGAGAAUGCCACCAUCUACAACCACCCAGAUGUGAAGGAAAUAUUUAGCCUUGUGGAAGGGUCUGGUUAUUUUUCGGUCAACAGCAGUGAGCAGAACAUUGUCACCAUCUCUUACAUGGAAGCAGAAAGCUCUGUGCAGUUAGUUCCAAUACAUCCUGGAUUUUUCCCCUUGGAGGUCUAUGAUCUGUGCUUGGCUUUCUUGGGUCCAGCACUGGCCCACGUCAGGGUGUCAGACAUACAAGAGCUGGAACUUGAUCUGAUUGAUAAGGUUGAAAUAGGUAAAAAUGUGUUAGUAACUGUGAGGGUUCUUGGUUCUUCCAAACGCCCAUUCCGAAACAAAUACUUCCGAAACAUGGAGCUCAAACUGCAGUUGGCGUCUGCCAUUGUCACCCUGACGUUAAUGGAGGAACAGGACAAAUACUCUGAAAAUUAUAUCCUUCGAGCUGUCACUGUUGGGCAAACCACACUGGUGGCGAUUGCCAGGGACAAGAUGGGGAGAAAAUUCACAUCCGCUCCUCGGCAAAUUGAAGUGUUUCCUCCAUUCAAACUUGUUCCAGAGAAAAUGACACUGAUUCCAACCAACAUGAUGCAGGUAAUGUCUGAAGGUGGCCCCCAGCCCCAAUCCAUCAUUCACUUCUCCAUCAGUAACCAGACUGUGGCUGUUGUUAAUAGGAGGGGGCAAGUUACAGGCAAGGUGGUUGGCACAGCUGUGGUCCAUGGCACCAUCCAGACAGUGAAUGAAGAUACUGGCAAAGUCAUUGUGUUUUCUCAGGAUGAAGUGCAGGUUGAAGUUGUUCAGCUAAGGUCUGUUCGGAUCCUUGCAGCUGCAACUCGACUUAUCACAGCUACUGAGAUGCCAGUUUAUGUCAUGGGAGUGACCAGUACCCAGACCCCUUUCUCCUUUAGCAAUGCCAACCCUGGGCUCACAUUCCACUGGUCCAUGAGCAAAAGGGAGGUAUUGGAUCUAGUGCCCAGGCAUUCAGAGGUUUUUCUACAGCUCCCAGUAGAGAAUAACUUUGCCAUGGUUGUCCACACAAAAGCAGCUGGUCGGACCAGUAUCAAAGUCACUGUCCGCUGUAUGAACAGCUCCUCUGGGCAGUUUGAGGGAAAUCUGUUGGAACUGUCUGAUGAAGUUCAGAUCCUGGUAUUCGAAAAACUCCAAGUUUUUUAUCCAGAUUGCCAACCUGAGCAAAUUCUAAUGCCCAUGAAUUCUCAACUGAAACUUCAUACCAACAGGGAAGGGGCUGCCUUUGUGAGUUCCCGUAUUCUCAAGUGUUUCCCUAACUCGUCCGUUAUUGAGGAGGACGGCGAAGGGCUCCUGAAAGCCGGUUCCAUCGCAGGCACUGCUGUGCUGGAAGUUACUUCUAUAGAACCUUUUGGAGUCAACCAGACAACCAUCACUGCAGUUCAGGUAGCACCAGUGACAUACCUGCGGAUGAGCAGCCAGCCCAAGCUGUACACGGCCCAAGGAAGGACCUUGUCAGCCUUUCCCCUGGGCAUGUCUCUCACCUUCAUUGUUCAGUUUUAUAACAGCAUCGGAGAGAAAUUCCACACACACAACACCCAGCUCUAUCUGGCUCUGAACAGAGAUGACCUACUACUUAUCGGACCAGGGAAUAGGAACUAUACUUAUGUGGCCCAGGCCGUGAACAGAGGGGUGACACUUGUGGGGCUCUGGGAUCGGAGACACCCAGGCAUGGCAGAUUACAUUCCUGUCGUCGUCGAGCACGCCAUUGAGCCAGACGCCAAGCUCACCUUUGUUGGAGAUGUCAUCUGUUUCAGUACUCACCUCCUCAACCAAAAUGGUGAACCUGGGGUAUGGAUGAUUUCUACUGACAGUAUUCUACAGACAGACACAGUCACUGGGGUAGGAGUGGCCCGGAGUCCAGGAAUAGCAACAAUCUUUCAUGACAUCCCAGGACUGGUGAAAACAUAUCGAGAGGUGGUUGUCAAUGCAUCAUCAAGACUAACACUCAGUUAUUACCUCAAGACUUACCUCACCAAUACUCUCAAUUCAACGGUGUUCAAGUUCUUCAUCACCACUGGCAGAAAUGGGGUCAAUCUUAAAGGGUCCUGCACUCCAAGUCAAGCGUUGGCCAUUACAACAAUACUUCUUCCAGAAACCCUCAUACUGUGCCAUAUACAGUUCAGUAAUACUUCACUAGAUAUUCCAGCAAGUAAAGUUUUUCACGUCCAUUCAUAUUUCAGCAUGGAGAAAGGGGUCUAUGUCUGCCUGAUCAAGGUUCGACCUCAAUCAGAGGAGCUGCUCCAGGCCCUCAGCAUGGCUGACACCUCAGUCUACGGGUGGGCCACUCUCAUCAGUGAACAAAGCAAGAAUGGAAUGCAAAGAAUUCUCAUUCCUUUCAACCCAGCCUUUUACAUCAACCAGUCAGAAUUGGUGCUUAGCCACAAACGAGAUGUUGGGGAGAUAAGAGUACUGGGAGUUGACAGAGUUCUUGAGAAGCUAGAGGUCUUCCCCAGCUCCCCGGUUCUAGUGGUCUCUGGCCAUAGUCACUCUGCCCUCACACCGGGCCUUGCUAUCUACCCUGUCAGAGUGGUCAACUUCACUUCCCUCCAGCAGAUGACAUCGCCCGUCUUCAUCAACAUCUCCUGUGUGCUCACAGGCCAGAGUGAGGCUGUGCUGGUGAGAGCUGUUAAGAAGUCUGGUGCAGAUCAAUGUGAAGAUUCAGGUGUCCUCCAGAAGUUCAUGGGUUCUUACCAGAUCCUCUUUACCCUCUUUGUAGUGCUGGCAUCAACAGCUUUCAUCUUUCUAGCAUAUAGUGCCUUCCUAAACAAGAUACAGACAGUUCCUGUUGUUUAUGUCCCAACUCUAGGAUCACCGCUGACAGGUUCUUAUGCCUCCGCACGCUCUCCCUCUCCAUUCCUGAAUCCACAACCCCCGCCAUCCCAGAGUCGGCUACAAUACUGGCUAUGGAGUAUAAGGCACUAA